AUAAGAAAUAAACAUUGGCCCAAUAAAAGUUUGCAAAGUUUCUGAAUUAAAAAUGCCUUAGGACGCCUGUAGAAAGUGCCAUGUAGAGUUAAUCCAAGUGCCACCCAGUGUGAGAAUGGAGCACCAAUCAAAAGCCAUUGCAAAGCGGCCCAUACAAAGCCGAUUCUAGUCUGGAAGAGAUUGCCCCGCCUCCGCCGUUCCGACCCAUCGCCAAAAAUGUCCAACGAUGUGCAGGUAGCGCGGGUGGCCAAGAUAGCCACCGACGUGCCACGACGUAGUGGCAAGCAACGCGACCUCCAAGGGAAGCAGCCCUCCGGCAGCGUGGCUGGCGAGGAUUUCGAGUAUGUCUUCGGGAGCAUUUCGCCGCGGGGAGCUGGACCCAAUACCAGGCAUUUGGUGGGAUCCUUCGAGCUGGAGUCCUCGCCGGAACAUACACAGCGCGACACCACCACCACGGAGAGCGACAACAACAUAUCCAGCUGUUCCACGCUGGACAUUGUCAACAAAGUUGAACAACUGUCCGUGCAGCAACUGGAGAACCGGGUGAGGGACCUAACACAGCGACUGCAGCAGUCCGAGCGACAGCUAAAGGAGAGCAAUGCGGAGCGGGAGAUAUGCCAUAAGCGACUGGAGGUGGUCAGUCAGGCGCACGAGUGCCGCAUUACCGAAAUGCACUGCGUCAUUGCGGAGCUAAGCAAGAAACUGCGCAGCAAGCAGGAACAUAUCAUUGUGGAGGAGCAGGAGCCCGAGGGCAGUGAGCUGAGCUACCAAGAGGGCUCUGUGUACAACUCGGAGCUCAACCUCACCAAUCCCGAUGCCGAGUGCCAGACGGAACCCCUGGAGGACAUCGAGGGCGCCUGCAGUGCCGCUAGUGCUGAUCACUUUGGGGGACAUAAGCCACAGCAUGAGCUCAGCCACAAGGGCCGGGUAGAAGCGUUGCAGGAGGAAGUGCUCCAUUUGAGAGCUCAGAUCGCCUUGCUCCAGUCCGAGAUCGCCACGAAGGAUGCCUGCGUGGUGGAGGAGCCGACCAAGGUGGCCUUUUUCGGUUGCGAGUCGGAGGUUAACGAGUGUGGUCAGCGGCUCAAUGAUCUGAAUGCCUGCGUCUCCUUGACCAGUCCCCAAAAGCGAGUACCCGCCGUGCCGAAAAUGGCAGAGAGGGUAAAGUUGCGCUGCGCCAGUAAAAUGGAGCCCACCGAUGAAGAUGCAUCCAAUGAGCAGCACACAUCCUUGAACAAUGAGCACAUCAAUCUGGUGGAGCAUUUGGUUUGUGAACUCAAGGAGCAGAACCUGUUCAUGGAGAGCUUCAUGGAGCCAUUGCAACUAAGUAGGGAGUUGGACAGACUGCAGCGAAGAGUUGAGCACUUGGAGAUGCGCAACACCAUGCUGGCGCUGACCCUGGAUGAGUGCAAGGAGCACACUGAGCACCUGUAUUUGCUCUGCGGAAAAUACGAGUCCAACGCGGUGGCCUUACAGCUGGCGCUCAACUGCAGUGAUCGAGCCAUCGAGGCCUAUGACGUGAUGCUGGCUUUGCUGGAGAGCAAGUUAGCGCUUCUUGGGGAGAAAUCAGCUUCGGAGGCGGAGGAGAGCCGGCGAUCAGUAGAGGCGGUGGCCAGGCAUCUUUUAGCCCGCCUCGACAGCGAGAAGAACGUGUGCGAGAACAGUCUGGGACCGUGGCAGCACAAUAUUAAUCUGGGCACCGAGGAUGCUCCCAAAACUGGACGUUCCUGGUGCACCGACGACGACAACCGCCUGCGUUACCAUGUCUCGAAGCUGAAGGGGCGACGCUCGAGCGUCCAGCACACCAUCGUCAGUCUAGAGUCCCCUUUCAGUGAUGUGUACGAAAAGAAGCGGCUGGCCUUGGAGAAGGAACACGAACUCUGCGACGAGGACAAGAAGUCGCCCCUCGAUCUGGAGACAGCGGUGAUUAUGCAGGAACUGCUCGAGCUCCGGGAUGCAAACCUGCAGCUAAAGAACAAAAUGGAAGAGGCCGAGCAGGAGCGACAGAACGCCAACGAGCGGGUGGGCGUUCUUCACGAAGCCCUUAAGCAGCUGCAGGCCAGCAACCGGGUCUCCUACUCGGAGGCGGAGCACGCGGCCCUCACCGAACAGCAGUUGGUGGAGGCUCUGACCCGCGAAACGGAGCUAAAGAGUCGCAUCCAGGCGCUGUUAGUCAAUGUCACGGCCACACAGAAGGCUUCUGACGAGAAAUAUGAGCAGCUGCAUCAGAACGUGCGCGAGCUGCAAAAGUCCAACCACAAUUUGGGACAAAUGCUGGAGCACAACAAACGCAAAUACCAGCUACGAGUUAAGAAGCUGGAGCAGAAGAUCAUUGACCAGCAGUUGGGGAACGGCCAGCAACGCCACAACCAUGUCCCUGAGACGACCCUUUAGGAUGUGUAAGGACGUGCAUGACGGCAUUCCAGGAGCUGCUGCUGCUCAGGUGCAAUGCGGGCUAGCUUGUCACAUAUCCCGCUUAAGAUCUUUCCCUCUCGAUCAUAUCGCUUUAAUUACCCCAAAUGCAAUGCCCAACGCACCUGCACAGAUUCGCUCCUGGAUCCGACAUGACCCAGACAGUAUCACGAAUGUGCCAUGCGACGAACUGGCAGCCAGCUGGGGCCUUGCCCCGCGGAUCAGGCUGCACCCACUAACUACGUACUCAUAUAGAUACAUAGACAUAAAUACAUAUUCAUGGUGCCAAGAGCAAGGCUCCGAUCCUGGAGCAUCAGACUCUGCGCCACAAGCAAUUACAUACAUAUACAUAUACAUACUAAGGAGUUACUCACGACGCAUAUGUACACGGGAUCCUAUAUUUAUACAAAGUAUUCGCAUUUUGCUUGUUACAUAUAUGCAUUCAAUAUGUAUUAAAAAUUGUACAAAAUA